UCAAGGGUUUGGCAUCCUUCUAGAGCAGAAAGAAAACUGCUCCUACAAGCUUUAACCAGUGCUCUGCUGGACACUGAUAGAAGCCACAAGACUGCUCUAACUGCUGAUGAGAAAAGGUAUUUAGCAGUUUUUAUUUACUAAAAUAAUUGCACUUCCGUGUUGUGUGUACUGUGGGAGACCAGAUGUAGUGAAUGCAGGGUCCUGGGUUUAGUAACACUUUAAGGUUCUUUUGGAAAAGAUGGGAAAGGA